AUGGGCUUCUUCACAACGUUGGCCGGCUAUGCUGCGCCACUGUUCCUGGUACUGUCGCCAAUCUUCUCGUACGGCGACCAGGCGUUAUCGAUGAGCCGCAAGCGAUCGAGUGCAGGAUUCUCGCUGGACAUCCCACUGAUUAUGCUGGUGGCGUCGCUCCUGCGCAUUUUUUACUACCCGGGCGCACACUUUGACAAGGCGCUGCUGGUGCAGUCGAUCUUAAUGGUGGCGGUGCAGCUCGUGCUCCUCAAGAUUGCGCUCGACAACCGGCCGCUGCCGUCGGGAAAGACGGGCGAGGCGCCGUUUGCGGGCCUGGACGGCCGGACGCGGUCGGUUUCGUUUUCGAUGACGUCGGCCUCGAACUCGCCGACCGGAGGCGGCGGCGGCGGCCUCUUUGCCAACCGGCCGUACAACUUUUGGCAGUGGCGGUCGCCCAAGCCGUACUGGCAGUUCUUGCUGUACAUGUUCUUGACGCUGCUCGCCUUGCAGGUGCUGCUGAGUCCCUUCCCGGACCUCUACGGCGCGUACUCGGUGCUGAUCGGCUACGUUGGGCUGUCGGUGGAGGCGACGCUGCCGCUGCCGCAGAUCCGGGCAAACAUGCGCGCGCGGUCGUGCCGCGGGUUCCGGGUGUCGGUGCUGGCCAGCUGGCUGGCAGGUGACGCGAUGAAGAUGUUUUGGUUUUUCACGUCCACAACGGAGAUUCCGUGGGCGUUUAAGCUGUGUGGUCUGUUCCAGGCGGUGUGCGACUCGAUCCUGGGCAUACAGUACUUUGUGUAUGGCGACGGGACGAGUAGUGCACGCGACACGGACGGCGGCGGACCGGGCAUCAUGCUCAAGGAAAAGGAGGCGGCGUUCCGGUCGGCAGCGGCAUCGAUCCUGCCGAACGCGCGGUAA